GAAGAGGCGGAAGGACGAAAAGAAGAAAAGAAGAAGAGCCUUUUCACAGUCGACAACAGCAAAGCCCACGUGAAAAGGGGUCAUAGGUCAAUAUGGGUCGGUCCUCCAAAGACAAACGAGACAUUUACUAUCGACUGGCCAAAGAGGAGGGCUGGAGAGCGAGGAGCGCCUUCAAGCUGCUGCAGCUCGAUCAAGAGUUCAACUUGUUCACAGGUGUAAACAGAGCAGUGGAUCUCUGUGCAGCCCCUGGAAGUUGGAGUCAGGUUCUCAGCCGGAAACUCAGAGGGUGUGCGGAGAAAGUUGAAAAGGGUGAGAGCAGUGAGGAAGUGAAGAUUGUGGCAGUGGACCUCCAGGCCAUGGCUCCUCUGCCCGGAGUUACUCAAAUCCAGGGAGACAUCACCAAGGUGUCAACAGCUCAGGAAAUAAUUCGCCACUUUGAGGGUCAGCCGGCUGACCUGGUAGUGUGUGACGGAGCUCCAGAUGUAACUGGACUCCACGAUGUGGAUGAAUACAUCCAGGCUCAGCUCCUGUUAGCUGCUUUGAACAUUACCACACAUGUCCUGAAGCCUGGAGGAACGUUUGUGGCUAAGAUUUUCAGAGGUAAAGAUGUGACACUGCUGUACUCCCAGCUGAAGCUCUUCUUCGAUGGUGUGACCUGCACCAAGCCUCGCAGCAGCAGGAACUCCAGCAUCGAGGCCUUCGUGGUCUGUCAGAAUUACUCUCCUCCCAAAGGCUACAUCCCCAACAUGUCUAAUCCUCUGCUGGAUCACUCCUAUGAUGUGGAUUUUAACCAGUUAGAAGGUGCAAACCGUGUCAUUGUCCCAUUCCUGGCAUGUGGUGACCUCAGUGCCUUUGACUCUGACAGAACCUACCCUUUGCAGCUUGAUGCUGGUAAAGAGUACCAGUAUACGCCCCCUACUCAGCCACCCAUACGUCCCCCAUACCAGCAGGCCUGCCAUCUCCGCAAAAAGAACCUGCUGUCCAGAGAGGAUGCUCCAUCAGUCUGUCCCACCCAGAGCCAAGAUGAGCCAGAGCCAAACGCUGAAUCAACCUGAUCCAAAUCAGUUAUGUUCUUGGUGGUUUAAAGAAAAAAACAAACAAAAAACAAAAUUGGCCAACACCCGGAUACGGUGGAUAGUUACUAUUAAAAGAACUCUUUCCUGACAGAUGAGAAGAUGGCUAGCAGUUUAAUUUCUACAAGGCCUGUAGUGGUAUGUCUAUCAACAAAGACACAGGAGGCUGUGGAGAUGUAUGUUUUUAUUGGUUUGUAUUUUGAUGCAAAAUUCUUUGAAACAAAUGUUUUUAUCCAUUACUUUUAAAUUAAGAAAAAUGUUAUCUUAAGCCAAACCAAGCACAGUCAAUGUUAUGUUGUUUUUUCCAUGACUAAUAAUUGUUCAGUUGUCACACUAUAAUAAAAUUGUAUUAAAAAAAAGUGAAAUAAAAGCACUCACUAUGGUGAU